CGCCGGCGGAGCAACCGUGGUAUGCUAACAGGUCUGCACUGCUAAAUAUUUAUUUGGGUCAUAUGGUGUUUUACGGUAGCCUAGAAUAAGUACUGGCAUCGCGGUUAGGUUAGCUUAUUCAACCCAGGGCUCACAUCUGGAUACAUUCACGAAAGUGUUUGAUCCUUCUACCUUGCACUAUUUUGCAGUAGACCAAGUGCUGUCUCGCUGUUGCAGUCAUGCCUAUGUUCGUGGUGAACACAAAUGUUGCAAAGGACGAUGUUCCUGCUGAGCUGCUGUCGGAGGCCACGCAGGAGCUCGCCAAAGUGAUGGGCAAACCCGCGCAGUACAUCGCCAUACACAUUAUCCCGGAUCAGAUGAUGAUGUUCGGGGGCAAAGGAGAUCCGUGCGCGCUCUGCUCUCUCACCAGCAUUGGAAAGAUCGGGGGCGCCCAAAAUAAACAAUACUCCAAACUUCUUAUGGGAUUGCUCAACAAACACCUUGGCAUUUCACCUGACAGGAUUUAUAUAAACUUUGUUGAUAUGGAUGCUGCCAAUGUGGCUUGGAACAGCACUACCUUCGGAUAAA